GGACGUUUUGAUUUCAUUGUCUGGCUAGGGGACUCAUGAAGAAAUCUGCUGAAUUCGAGCGGCCGUUGAUUUGUCAUCAAAAGGGCCUGUUGAGUCCUCCCAACUAGGCAAGAACAACCAUGUGUCAGAAAGUGCCAACACAAAGCCAGAUAUCCUCCUCUUCCUCAGGAUGCUAGGACACAGCAUUCUCCUACACAGCAUUCUCCAACACAAUACAUAAACUGCACUGACCAAAAAAAAAAGCAGUGAAAGAAAAACCUCAGAGAGAGCCAAAACUUACACGAUGCUUGUCUGAAGAUGCUGUGUGCAAUGCAGCCUGAGGUGCAGUCGUUGUGCUGUGUAUGAGGGCCUAGGUGUGUUACCUCAUUGAGCCUUCUUCCGGGGGCUUCUCUACUCUCUCGGUCCCACCAUCACCUCUAACUAUGGAAGCAUGGCAGGAGAAACGGAGCAUUCAGACGAUGAACCUGCGUUCUGUGUUCACCCCUGAACAACAGCGGAUCCUGGAGCGGUACUAUGACAAUGGCAUGACCAAUCAGAGCAAGAGCUGCUUCCAACUCAUCUUGCAAUGUGCCCAGGAGACAAAGCUGGACUUCAGCGUCGUCAGAACUUGGGUGGGGAACAAAAGGCGAAAGUUGGCAUCAAAGGCCGACCAGAACGGCCAGCCACACAGUCUGUCCAAUCACACGCUGGCCGGUGGCGCAGGAGGGGCGGGUCCUCUGGGGGUGCUGAGUGCCGAGCUGGCAGCGGCCCGGGGCAUCCAGCGCGGCCCGUCCGUGGCCCACCUUCUUCCUCCCACUUCCUGUCCCUCGUCUUCCUCGUCGCCCUCCUCCUGCUCUCCUCACAGCAGUGGCGGUGGCAGCGGAGGAGGUGGAGGGGUCGGCGGUAGCAGCAGCAGUAGCAACAAUAACAAUAACAACGACGUCAUCGUCACUGGUAUUUAUUCCAUCGGGCGAGGUUCGGGCAUGGCCUCGUCCCGCCUCGAUAGCACUGCCUCCCACGCCCGGUCCGCUUCAUCUUCCUCACACAGGCUCGACACGGACUCGCACCCCACGCAUGCUCGCGCGCUGCCCGUGCGCACGGACCCCUCGGCGCUCCACUCGCGGGUGUCCAUCGCGCUGCCCCACGGCAAGUCCCCGCAGGUGCAGCAGCCCUCGCCCUCCAACUCGCUCCUCUACGGCCAGGCCAGGAAGUCCUUCCUGUCCAGAGACCCCACGACGGCGGCGGCGGCCGUGGCCGCCAGUAUCCCCCGCUCCUGGGCCAAGCAGUAUGGGACGACCCAGCCGCAGCCCUGGGCCCUCGGCACCUCCCAGCCCCAGGUCCUCUCGCUCCCCUCGGCCCCCUCGGCGCCGUCACUCCAGACACCCCCGCGCAGCUCCGCGGACCCCAGCGUCCGCAUCCAGCAGGUGUUCACCCUGGCGGGGCUGGCCGAGGCGCAGCAGAGGCUGGCGAUGGGGAUGGUGCCCCCGCGACCUCCCGACCCCUUGGAGACCUUCUCCAUCGCCAUGGAGACGGGCAACGCGGACGACGAGUACUCGCGCGAGGAGGAGCUGGCCAGCAUGGGUGCCCAGAUGCAGAUCAGACGGGUGCGGGGUAACAGCAGCAGCAGCAGCAGCAGUUCGGCCGGCGAGGGGGGCAGCGGAGGAGGAGUGGCACCAGCAGCAGUGGCGGGGACCUCGUCCUGGAUGGACGGGCAAGGAGGUGGGAGGGGGUCCCCCAGCGUUGGUGGCAGGACCCAGGUGUCCGUGGCCCUCAACACCCCCAACUCGGACCUGUUUGGGGAGAAGGGGUGCCAGACGCAGAGCUCGUACCUGGCCGGCUCAGGGGGCUGGGGGGGAUUCCCACUCCGGCUGCUCUCACAUGGCUCUCCUCUAGGGAUGGCCAACCUCAAGCAGAUACCAGGCAAUGCAGCAGCACCUUGGCUCAUCAGUAAUUCUCGUAAGCGAACACUGCAGGACCGGACCCAGUUUAGCGAUAAGGACCUGUACGCUCUGAAGCGGUACUGGGACAACGGCAUGACCAGCCUGGGCUCCGUGUGUCGGGAGAAGAUCUCUGCCGCCUCCACGGAACUCAGCGUGGACAGUGAGAUCAUCAAGACCUGGAUUGGCAAUCGACGCAGGAAGUACCGUCUGAUGGGCAUUGAGAUUCCACCACCCAAAGGGGGUCCUCCCACACUCCCCAAACAGUCCAUCACGGAUCCCCCCUCUCCCCUCACCCCCGAGGGUCCUGAGCCCAAGACCCCUGAGGUGGGCGAGGGCAGCGAACAUAAUGACGAGGUGUCCGUCUGUCUUUCAGAAGAUGGUACGAGUGACCCCUACCAAAGGGAGAGUGACACGGGCCAGGAAGACUUGAUCACCGGUGGACAAGCAGAGAAUGUGAAGAUUGAAAUAAUCGACGACGAUGAGGAUGAUGAUGAUGGUGACAUAAUGACCUCAGACAUGGAACAGAUGCAUAGUCUACUGGAGUUCAAGCACGAAGAGGUGCAGUUCCUGGAGAACGAGCUAGAGAACCAAAAACAGAGGUACUUUGAGCUGAAAAGCUUCACCAGGAGCCUACUGAGUGCCGUGAAGAACAACGACAAGGAAAGACAGCAGGAGCUGUUAGCCAGUCUACCUCAGCUCACAGACGAUGACUGGGAGAAAAGUCCAGAAAGGGAGGAGGAGCCCAGCGCAGAAGAGGACAUGAUGACGACAACGACGACGAGUGCUGCCCCACCUGAGUCCUCUGUAUCAGAGGAGGAUGGGGCCACUGAGGGACACACAUAUACAUAAACCCACCUACUGGUACCCAUGUACACACACUGUGCCUGUGCAGGACUUACACAGCUGUUCAGGGCCCUUGUGGCCUUUUUCUACUGCAUAUCACAAUGCCUUUGGUCUAGAGGCUGUAGUUUGAAGCGUUAAUAAAUACCACUUAACUUA